AAUUCUGUAAUUUUGAUUGUGAAGACAAUUGUAAUCGUUGGAUCAUUAACUCUUAAAUUUUAUGACAAAAAUAUUUUUGAUUAAAUAUUUUAACUGUCGUAAUUAUUUAUAUUACUUUAGGCUUUAGAUUUUACGUUAUAUUUUAAGCGAAAUUUCUUCAGUUUAUCAUUUUUCUACUUAUUUAAUACUUUUGAUUUCGUUUUAUUAUCUUAACGUAUGUUGUAAAUUUACCAUUAAAAAAUGGUUGCAUUUUUAGAAUUGUGUCGAAAAUAUUUCGAUACUGAUAAUUUGUAUGAUGUCUUAAAGACGAAUAAAAAUGCUACUGAUAAAGAAGUUCGAAAAGCAUACUAUGUUCUUUCGAUGAAACUUCACCCUGAUAAAGUUCCUGAAAAUGAAAAAUUUGAAGCAACUGAGAAAUUCAAAGUCAUUAGUCAAAUACACGCAUUGUUAGCAGAUCCUGAAAAAAGAAAAUUGUACGAUACUACAGGUUGUGUUGGUGAUGACAUUGAUCCUAAUACAGCUGAUGAUGACUUCCCAUGGGAAACAUAUUGGCGUUCAAUAUUUAAAAAAAUUACUGAUGAUGAUAUAAGAGAGUUUGAAAAAAAUUAUAAAGGUUCUGAUGACGAAAAACGAGAUCUCAAAAAAGGAUAUUUGGCUGGAAAAGGAGAUAUGACAUUUAUAAUUAACAUGGUUCCAUUUAGUUCAGUACAUGAAGAAGACCGUCUCAGAGAAAUAUUAGAAAAGAUUAUUGAAGAAGAAGAUCUUCCUAAAUAUGAAACAUUUACUAAUGAGCCCCUUUUCAAAAAAAAAAGGCGUUUAUUAAAAGCUAAAAGACAAGAGGCUGAAUUUGAAAAAAUGCAAGUUGAACUUGAAAAAGAAAAAAAAAGUAACAAAAACGAUGAUAAUGAUUUAUUAUUAGCAAUACAAAAAAGAUCAGCUGAACGUGCUGAACAAAUGGAUGACUUUUUAUCUAGGAUGGAAGCUAAAUAUUGUAAACCACAACCAACUACUAAAGGUAGAAAAAGUAAUAAACGGAAGUAAACAUAAAAAACAUUUAAAACUUUUUAUAAAUAGCUGUUCUUAGAUUUUGCUUUUAUUUUUAUACUUUCUAUAUUUUUAUGUAUAAUUAUUUUAAACAAUAUAACAGAGUAUUCCAUUUAUUGUGUAAAUAAAUAAUACAUAAAUAUAAAUUUAAUUGUCAAACUAUACAAAAAAAAAACACUGCUUUUAUUUUUUCGA